CAGGCUGACCCCACAGAAAACUGGGGCCAGAUGCCCAUCCUCUUCCCACCUCAGAGCCUGUUGUCCUCAUUCCCGAGCUCCCUGGGCUCAGGGACCCCCUGGUCUUUCCUCUUCACUGAAGAGCUCCAUCUCUAUUCUUUUGGUAGCCACACCCCCAAAACCUGUCCUCCCGCUCAUCCUGUACCCCUUCUUCCUCUCCAAUGGAAGAAUCCACUUCGCCUUGUCUGUCUCUUUCUGGGAAAACAUUGAGAAGGGAGGGGAUCCCCUCUUUUCCUUCCUUGGUCCCUUCCUCUCAUUCCUGGUAUGGAUGAACCACCCGCAUCCAGCUUCACAGUCUGGGUCCCUUCUCCAGCCCCAGUCUGACCCAGUCCCUUCUGGACAUGCUACGCCCUUGGCUAGGCUCCCCCGCAUCCUGCCUCACCCAUGCCAGGCCUGGCUUCCUGGGCUGCCAGCACUCCAGGAGGUCUGUCCACCCUCCUCCUCCCAUCUGAGGAUCCAGCAUGGGGGCUGGACUCAGAGUCCUUAACCAGCUCAGGGCCAUCAGAGAGGGUACCAGGCCCAGGUGGGUCUUACGUGUGCAUCACGUAGCACCAAGGGCUGCACUCUGGCCCCAGAGUCGGUGUGCAGUGUCUUGCCUUCUUUGUCUGUCUCUCUUCACCUUACCCCCCACCCCACCUCUGAUCCCUGCUCUCCCCAGAGCUCCUUGAGGAACAGAACAGGUUCUCUAUCCCUUUCUUUGCACUUACAGGAUCUUGACAUGGUUGAUGGGGUCUUGUUCCUCUUUCUGUACUCAAACUGGGGGCCAUGGGUGAGCGAGCCAUUCUUUGUAGUAAGGAGUGUGGGGCUGGUUUGGGUUAUCAUUUUCUCAACCUCUGAAUGUGCAAAUCCUUCUCACUCUGGCAGGUUGUUUGGGAGGACCCCAGUGCGUGUGCAUAACAGAGGAAGAAAAGAAGGCAUUGACGGGGAAGUGGGUUCAGUUCUUUGGGGAGAGAGCUCUAGUUCUCAUUCCACCUUCCUGGGCUUUGGGAAGCUCCUGGGCAGAGGCUCUUGCUCAGGAAUACCACAGGCCUCCUGACCCAGUGCCAGCUGGGGGAGUGCUUCCUGUAAGCCCCUCAGCCUUGGGGGUGCUCCUCAGGACUUGUCCUCUCUCUGUCCUCUUUUUCCGUUGCCCACAAUCUUUUGAUCCUCCUAGGUAGAACUCUUCCUUCCUUGGGUCUUGAGUGACAGCCCCAGAAGCCAAUGGUGAGGGGAUUCCUAGGGGAAUUCAGGAGUCUCCUGUCUUCUCUCCUGUGAGUGGGCUGGGGCUGGACCUGGCAUAAUGAUAGGCCACGUGGUGCUGUCUCCUGGUCUACUCAGCAAGAGAGUCUCAACUCUGCCUCUGGCCAGAGCUGCUGGUGCCUGGACCUCUGAGCCUGGCUGGUUUAAACCGGCCUGCACUGUGCUGGGAGCUGAGUGUAUCCUGGGCAGCCGGAGGCAGACAGCUGAGGAGCUGUGAUGGAGAGUGAAGGCACUGGGGCCACCCUGAACUGUGGCCCUCUCCACACCCUAGUGGGCUCUGCUCCCUGGGAACAGGCCCACUGAGCAAGGAGAGCCAACUGACACUGAGCUACAGGCUCUGGCACUGAACCCCUGCUCCUCUUCCGUUCUUCCCAAGUCACACCUGGGCCUUGGUAGGGAGUUGUUUUCCUCUCAUCUCUAGAGGCCUGGAGGAAGUUCUAGAAUAUGUGAUCAGUGGGAGAGCCCUUGGCUCUAGAAGGAUUGACCAGAGUUCUGCCACGGGUCAGAACUCCUUUAGCUGCUGGAAGACCAGCCAUGGGAUGGGGGGCAUGUGGGGCAUGGAUGCCCAGUAGUACCUAUGCUGGAGGUUGGGGUGUGAGGGGCCUGAGGGAGGGGCUGGGGGAAGGAGGGAACGCUUCUUGGUGGCUCCCUGCCACAGGUGGGAUUCCACUUCACCUUCACAGUGACCCUGGAAGGGGGCAUUGAGGUCAGGGGUCUCUUGCCUGGUCAGCCUCAGAGCUGGGUUUGCUUCCUGGAGGAUCUGGUCACAGAUGACAUGGGCUGCACACAUGUUGCAUCAAGAUGGGUGGGCACAGAGCCUUCUUUGUGUCCCUGGUCAGGGCCCACUGCUAACCAUCACCUUCUGGCCUGGGUUUUUGCUGGCCCAUCUCUAGUAGACUAGUCUCAGGCGUGUUCCACUCUUUUCCUAUCGGCAACAUUUUUCCUAGCCCUGUUGGGACAUGUGGCUCGGGGCUGGUACCAGCCCCACCGUCCAGCUGGGGGCUCUCUCAGAUGGUGCCCAGCUCUGGGGUGAGGAGAAGAGCCAGUAGCCAUGCUGAGCCCUGUGUGCUGUGCCUGGCACUAGAGCUGCGGGAGACAACUCAAUGGGCUUCUAGAGUUGGCUGGGUGCACGAUAACUCAAGAGCUUACUCUCUGGCCACCAGACCCCACCUCCGUGCCACUAGGGAAGCCUUGGUGGUGGUGAAAACUCGCCUCAAGCAGACAUGGGCUGCAUGGGUGGACCUGUCCACCUGCUUCCAAGUCUGAGCCCCUAGCCUGGCAGGGCCUGCUCCCCUGCAUGCCCAGCACAUCGCACCACACACCUGGGUUGGGAAGUGCUCCGGUGUCACAUAGUUCUCACUAUGGCUGGCAUUAGGACAGGGUAGGGCCAGGGCAGGUACAGCAGAUGGUGGCUUUGAUGUUCUCCAGGCACGCAGGUGGGAAUAGGAGGGCUGGAGGUACAUCAGGGACGCUCACGCAGGAGCAGAUGGUAGGCAGCCUGUGCUGGCAGGAGUUCUAGAUGCAGCCCAGUGGCCCCAGGGCAAUGUGACCCUCCUCUACUGCCUAUGAGAGCGCCUUCUCUGGGGGAAACACAGCCUCAUUGGUGCCUGGAGUGAUGCAGCUCCAUGCCUGCAUCCUCAGCUCUCCCCUAGCCCUUCACAUGAGGCUCAAUGUGUCCUCCAUCAGACAGACCUGGCCCUGACCCUGCUGACAUGAGUGAAGGCCCUGAGCUGUGGACUGGCAUCUGGAGGAAGGGGCUGCACAGCUCCGUCCAGCCUCUCACCAGCCAGAAAAGCUUGUGACCCCUGUCAGGGUGAGGGACUAGUCAGGGGGUCUCUGUUAUGGAAUAUGACCCUAGCUGGCCUUCUGGCCCCUGUGCCCACUGUGCCCAGCCUCCAACCUGGGCCUUGCCAGCAGUGUGCCCUGCUUCUCCAGCCCAUUGCUCCUGUGCCACUUCAGCCUGUCUACCCUCUCCCUAUCUCUGCUCAUUCCUCCUCCUCAUGAUCCCCACCGAGGCGGCACCGCCCUGCUGUGGCCCUCUUCCCUCCCUGCUACAAGAUGCCCAUUCCUCCCCACCUGACUGGGGCACUUGCUGCUGUCUGCCCUCUGGGAGGUUGGGUAUGGCCUCCUACACCUCCCACCACUAAGGUCUUCUAUUUCUGCCAGGACUCAGCUCAGGCCCUAGCCCAAGGGGACUGGUCACCUGAGUGGUGGUCAUGCUGGUAAAAGGCCCAGGAAGCAAGGGUGGCUCCAUCUCUAACCCGGCCUUGGCCAGUGUGGGCACAGGCCUUGGGGAGCCUCCCAGCACGCCAUCUCAGCGGCCGUCGGCAUGGCUCGUGCUGCAGGCUCUGUUCAAGGUGAUGUUUGAGGAAUCCCUGGUGGUGCUGCCCACCCAUGCAUCCUGGGUUCCUCUUCCCCAGCUCUCGGACUGCGGCUGGCUUGAGCUUUGAGUGUACUAACGGUCACUUGAUGUGCGCUGGCUGUUUUAUCCACCUACUAGCAGAUGCCCGGCUGAAGGAGGAGCAGGCCACAUGCCCCAACUGUCGAUGUGAGAUCAGUAAGAGCCUCUGCUGCCGCAACCUGGCUGUGGAGAAAGCCGUGAGCGAGCUGCCCUCCGAGUGUGGCUUCUGCCUGCGCCAGUUUCCCCGCUCCCUUCUGGAGAGGCAUCAAAAAGAGGAGUGCCAGGACAGGGUGACCCAGUGCAAGUACAAGCGCAUCGGCUGCCCAUGGCACGGCCCCUUCCAUGAGCUGACAGUGCACGAGGCUGCAUGUGCCCACCCAACCAAGACGGGCAACGAGCUGAUGGAGAUCCUGGACGAGAUGGAUCAGAGCCAUCGCAGGGAGAUGCAGCUCUACAACAGCGUCUUCAGCCUGCUCAGCUUUGAGAAGAUCGGCUACACAGGUGAGGCCCUGCCCACCGCACGCAGCCCACUGCACGCCACUCAGCUGAGGGGCCAGGAAAGCAGCAGGCUUUGGGCAGUGGGCACAAGUCGCGCCGGUUGCUGGGCUCUGGACAAGCUCCUGGCCAUGGAAGGAUCCCUCUGGGGGAGAACACAGGCUGGAGGCCAAGCAGGGAAGGGGCUGGGGCAGGACUCCAGGGGUACCUGCAUGGCUCUCACAGAGGCCCCUCCCACCUGUCCUUCUCACCCCAUCCCUGCCCGCCCCUCUCCCCCCCCGCCAGCUAGCAGUGUCCUCACUGCAUGGGGCUGCACAGCCCUGGGACAGUUGGGGUCUAACCAGAAAGUGGGUGUGUCUUGGGGGGCCCAGGAGCUGGGGGCCUGCCCUGCAGAGCCAGGGGCAAGAAGAACACUUGUCACGUCGGGUUCUACCUGCGGGAGGUCACUGCAGUGGCCACAGGCCUCCUAAGGCCAGCAAGAAGAUGCUCAGGGCCAGGGCUCCAGAAUGAGCGAGGGUGCCCAGCUCAGAAUGCAGAGCUGAGAGUGGACGUCUAGGGCCGGGCAGGCUGGACCACGCCCAGGCCCACUGGAUCUCAUGGGCUCUCCAGGCUACUGCUACUGCCUUUGGACGUGCUGGGGAGCAGGAGCCAGGCCAGAGCCUGGUCCAUACACAGAGAACAGCCAGAAGUACCUGCUGAUGCUGGGGCCAUUCAGGGAGACUCCAGCCCUCUACUACCCAGCCCAUACCA